GUUCCAGUGGAGCACCCCUAUUGUCUUCGAGACAGAAAACGAUGUCCGCCUCCAAUUUCAACACCACAAGUCUUGCAUGGACGAGAUGAACAGAUCCAGUGCCACAUCAUUCCACUAGGGUCACCAGGGUUUCUGGCUUGUUCCUUGGUGAAAUCAUGUGGUGCACCAAUGAAAACCAUCCCAGUGCUGACCCCCGUCACCCCCAGGGUCUCACCGAGGCCGCGAGAAGGUGACGCUGCUUCUCCAAGCCUAUGCACGACCACCACCGAAGACCAUCCCCUGAGAUUUCGAGGAGGUCCCGAGUCCGGAGACAUCCAGAGACCGGAGACUGGGCGUGGAGAUGUUGUCUUAGCUCGGCUGCCAAAGGCAUGCCUGGUGAAUGAAGGGUUCGAGUGGAUCGGUGGUUUGGAAUCUGUGAACUGGAAUUUUGGUUGCCGUUACGGCCCUUGGUUAGUUGGCCGUGGCAAGGCGAAUGUCACGGUGGACGAAGCAAGACAUUCACCGGGUGGAUCGAACAGAUCUGCCUCGGAGGCCGAAAGUGGCGCUUUCCUCCACCUGAAGGGUACGGCGGCCCUGGAUGGCGCGAGCUUGGCGAAACGGAAGGUGGUGUUUGGCAGUGUCAUUGCUGGCACUUCGUGCCUUCUCCUCCUCUCGAGCAUUUGCGUCCUGAAGUGCAAACAACGCUCUCGGCAGACCGUGGAGGCUGCAAAGCCGAGUUGUGGAUGGCAGCACGUGAAGAGUGGCGAAGCGAAAGAUGGCGGAGGGACAAGUUACAAAUACCAGUCCCUGCCAAACCUCUUGAAAGGCAAGAGUACUGAUAGCAUGAUCAGUCGUCAGAGUCAACUUAGUCGACCUGAAGGCUUGGGGAAGCUCACCAAGGAAGAAAUGGAGGAAGCCUUGGAUCACCUCUCGCCCGAAGAGCGGGCGGAACGGCUGAAUCAAUGGGCCCAGGAGCGGGCCGAACGGCUGCGGAUGGAGAACGCUCACUAUUUGGAACUGCGGAGGUGUGUUCUGAUCAGCCUCACACUUCUGUAUGUUUGUGCUUCUGUGGGCCUGCCUUAUUUGCACCGACAGGAAGCGAGUUGUUCGCGCGGGUUCUUCUGGGAAACGCAUAUGGAGUUUUUGGGCCUUUUUGCCGUGACCAAAUGCGCGGAACUGUGGCUGAUGGUGCAGGAUUCAGCAGUGUCCUGGGACCAGAUCGGCGUUUUGGAUGUCCUGCUGAAAUUUUUACCAUCCUUCAUGGGUUAUUUAGAUGGCUACACGGAUGCCACUGCCGUGUUCAUUGCCGCCUCCUGCGAUGACCCGUUGGCGCAGACACUGGCGAAUGCAAUGGGCAUCGCCUAUUUGGUGGGCGUGUGCUUCUUUCAAUGGACUGUGAUGUUCAUCCUCUCUUCCCAGGACCCCUCCCAAGCGUGUUUGUUGAAGCUGUUGCACAUGGACAUGUUGGCCUCCUGUGUGACCCUCCCAGCGGAGAAGAAAUGGGUUUGGGAUUUGCUGGCAGCCGUGCGAACCAUUGGAGAGGAUGUGCCACAAGCCGUUCUGCAGACCAUCUAUUUGAUCAAGGUACAGAGGAACUGGUUCAUGCUGAUUUCCGUGGUCAUGGCCGUUUGUGCCUCCCUGAAAGCUUUGCACGACGCCCGGGCCCGGGCCCUUGCAGCAGCUGGGGCGGAUCAAGAGUACGAAAAGCGGGAACGCGACUUCAUGCUGUACAGCAGCUCGCAGGAUAGCACCAUUCGAUGUUGGAACGUGAAGGAUGGGCUUUGCACUCAAAGCAUCACCACCGGCAGCCCCGCCAACUCCAUUGCGGCCUGCAAUGGCAUGCUGUAUAGCUCGCAUGACGAUGAUGUGAUUCGCGAAUGGUCCCUGGAGACAGGGGAAGAGCUUCGCAGCUUUAACCAUCGAGGUAGCAAUGCCGUGGUCUACGGGACUGAAAAGUACCUGUUCACAUGGGCAUUGACCGGUGGCAAAUGUGUUUACAAGGUGUGGUCUUUGGCUUCAGGUGAAUGUCUUCGCAAGCUUCCAGCACCAAACAUGUUCAAAGCCUCCAUGUUCGUGCGAGGCGACAUGUUCUUUGCGACAUCUCCAGAUGAUCCUGAGUCGGUGUGUCAGUGGGACCUCGGCAGUGGUGAAUUGCUGGGUAGCUUCGAAGGUCACGACGAUGAAAUCAACGCGAUCUACGCCACCAAGAAGCGGAUCUUGACGGGCGCGCAGGAUGGCACCGCGAAGGAAUGGUGCUUGGAAUCCAAGAAGUGCACACGCACUUUUCGUGAUCAUCUCUCAAGUUUCUUGGCGCCUUUGAUUGUCAUUGCCGACAAGAUGUACAAUGCCUCAGAUGAAGAGAGAGACAUCAAUGAAUGGUCCCUGCUGACGGGCCAACUGCUUCGCCGCUUCGCAGGGCACCAGGGAUCCGUCUUGAGCAUCGUGAUGUUGGACCAGAAGCUUUAUAGCUCCUCAGAUGACAGAAGCAUCAAGCAAUGGUCUUUGGCCACAGGUGAGUGUGAACAGACCUUCGAGGGCCAUACUGGCUAUAUCAGUAAAAUCAUAAUUAUGUGCAAGGAUGAUUAG